GUGACCGCCGCGUCCGCUCCUUUCUUCCUCGAGCUUGGGACCUCGUUAGCUACAAUGCGUUUCCUGGCUGCUGCGUUCCUGCUGUUGGCGCUCAGCGCCGCCGCCCAGGCCGAGCCGGUGCGGUACAAGGACUGCGGUUCUGUGGUUGGAGUUAUAAAGGAAGUGAAUGUGCGCCCAUGCCCCACCCAGCCCUGCCAGCUGAACAAAGGACAGUCGUACAGUGUCAAUGUCACUUUCACCAGCAGUAUCCAAUCCAUAAAUAGCACAGCCUUGGUGCAUGGCAUUGUGAUGGGCUUCCCAGUUCCCUUUCCCAUUCCUGAGCCCGAUGGUUGUAAGAGUGGAAUCAAUUGCCCCAUCCAAAAAGGCAAGACCUAUAGCUACCUGAAUAAACUACCGGUGAAGAGUGAAUACCCUGCUAUAAAACUGGUGGUGCAGUGGGAACUUCGGGAUGACAAAAACCAAAGUCUCUUCUGCUGGGAAAUCCCAGUACACAUCGAAGACUAAAGCUAUAUGGUGCCAGUAUGUCUAUCUGGGGGUGAGUAGGCAUGGGUGGAGGGGGGGGUGGAAGCAGAGGAGAAAUCAGACCUAAAACUAAAUCAGUGCCAUAAGAUGAAAGGACUCUCAAGACUGCUGUUUCAUGCCUCUCAACCUCCGAAAGCAUCUAGGACCUUAUUUCCUGAGAGCUCAGAACUGUUGCCUUUGUAAUAUCCUUUGUAAAAAGGUUGAAAGAAAGAAGAGAGAGGAGACUGUAGGGAUUGAUUUAAUUGUCUUCAUUGUUUUUGCUGUUAGAAUAAGGAGUGCCUGCCUAAUGAGGCAGGACCUGAAGGAGAUUGCUUAGAGAUUAUCAGAUAACUUGCCCUAGGGUUUUUGGCCCUUACAGUGGAGGAUGUGUUCCAAGCCACUUCCUUCUAGCUGGGAUAUUGCGUCUAAAGGAUGCUUAUCUAGAAGUGCCUCAUUGAGUUCAAUGCAUCUGACCAGUGAGACUCGACAGCACCUCCAGUUCUGUUGCUUCAACAAUGGUGACCAGCUCUGCAAUGGUGUCCAGCAGUUGAUCGGAGAGGAGGUGUUCUGUGGCAAAAAUUCUGAAUGGCUUGUUCUCUGGUGUCUCAUGUCUCUUUUUCUGUCUUAGGUGGUUUUCAUUAAAUGCAGCACUUGGUUAGCAGAUGUUUGAUUUUUUUUUUUUUAACAACAUUAACUUGUGACCUCUUUCUGCACCUGGAAAUGUACCUUUGAAUAAAUAAAACUUAUCAGUCA